AUGUCGCCCGGGUGGCUGGCGCUGGCGCUGGUGGCGGCUGUCCAAGGGGCCAUCAUUGAUGCCAAUGUGAUGCGCCGGGAAGACAUCGACCCCAAAAGCGGGCGCGUUCACAAGGAAAAGCCGGAAAGACACCAUGCCAAGUCAGAGAGGAGUGUUGAGGUCCCCGCUUCGGGCGACGUGGUAGAGCACCACGCGGACGCGGCCCACGCGGCCCACGGGGCCCACGCACACAAAGCGCAAAAAGCGCACAAAGCGCAGAAGGAGCACAAGCAUCACAAGGAGCACUCGCACAAGGAGCUGGCGGAGAUGUUGGAACAGGAGUCUCACCUGCCGGAAGGCGUGCUGGACGCCUCGCUCCUGGAAGUCUCGGCACAGGCGUCGCAGGCGUCGCAGGCGUCGCAGGCCGCGAGCCUGCGGGAGGUGAUGUUCGGAGUCUACUGCAGGAGAGUAUUUGAUGUUGACGUGUUGCAGAAGACCUGGACAGGAGAUAUCGUCAUCACCACAAGCUGGAAUGAUCCCUUGGCGGCUGAGGUCAUUCCCACCAACAAGGAGGAGAAGCGAUUUGCGACGGACGUCGCCAGGAAACUGAUGUGGCUGCCGGACAUUAGUGUCACCAACCGAGACUUCAAGAACCUGGAGGUGAUCUCCUCCAGUGUCAAGGUCUGGUCCUCCGGCUGGGCCACCAAGGUGGAGCGGAUGCUGGUGACCAUGACCAACGACUUUGACACCAAGGCCUACCCCUACGACCAGCAGACCUUGCAGGUGAUCCUGGCCUCGGAGAAGCUGAUGGCGGACGAGCUCGUGUUGAAGCCGCACACGGACAAGACCCUGCUUGGAGUCAAAGACGAUGUCCUGACUGGCACGGGCUUCAUUGGGCUGGACGGCACCGCCAAGCCCGGGUACAACAUCAGCAGCUUCCAGGAAGCCGACGCGCUGCUGGUGAAGAGUCGCGGCCUCUUCGAGAUUCACAUCCUCCGUAGCCCAGCAUCUGCCGGACGGCAGCUGUUCGGCCCCACUUUCAUCCUCCUCAGCGUGUCCUACUCAGUGUUCUUCUUUCCCAUGGUGCCGGCCUUCGCCAUGCCCAGGGUGGCCUCGGGCAUCAUCUCCUUGUUGGGCAUGGUGACCUUCAUGACCAAAAACAAAAUGCCAGACUCAUGGACGGACGUUUACCUGGAGUCCAUCUGCUUGCAGAUCGCCUGCGUGUGCAUCUUGAGCUUGAGCAUGGAGAUUGUGUUCCACACCUGCAAGAACGAGGACUUUGCGAAGCAGCUGAACUUCGAGUACAAAGUCGCAUUUCCGGUCGCGUCUUUCCUGAUCUUCUUUCUGCUCCUCGCCUUUAGCGCCGGGGGGUUCAAUGACGUUUGCUGCUACCUGGUGCGCACGCUCAUCUUUCUGCUGAUGGUCGGGAAUUUCGUCCGAAUCUACAGACGGACGCGGCCGGCGCAGGCCGAGAAGGGCGCGGAGGGAGCGCCCGCGGAGCCCGCGGAGCCCGCGGAGCCCGCGGAGCCCGCGAAGUGA